GUGUUGCUGAUAGAAACCGCUCGAGAGAGGGUUUCAGUACGUGGCACGCGUGCACCACAACGGUCACGGUGUUCCAUCACGUGCGAUACGAUAACCUGCUCCUGACCAUGACUGCUCUCACUCUAGCGCCUAUCCACCAGCAUUCCCCGUCAAGUCUCCAUCGUCGCCCACACUAACUCAUGGCUGAACCCACACCUCCUCCCUCACGAGGCCGGGGCCGGGGCAAAUCGCGCGGCGGCCUGGGCAAGUACCUUCGCGCCCGUGGACGCGGACGAGGCGGCGGGCGCCCCGCCGAAUUCCGCCAGCGGCUAGUGCUCGACUCGGAGCAAGCCCUUGAGUUGGAUGAAGAGGAGCAGAAAGAGUACGAGCAGGAACUGCAGCGCAAGUACGCGCGCAGAAAUAUGGGCACGAACGCCGAUCGAUACAAGGAGCCUGAACCGGAGUUGAACUCGGAGGGGGAGGAGAUCGUUGAGCCGGAGGUGGAUCUCUCGGAGUUCCUUGCGAAGCAGCGGCUGGUGGACGCGAAUGAGCCAAGCGGAGAUGUAUCUACAUCGCACCCACGGCAUGGUCAAGAGCAGGACGAUGACGACGAUAUCGACCAUAACCUCGCACACAUAUCAUCGGCGGGCGCCGUAUCCAGUGCGAAACCAGCAAAGGGCAAGGUCCAGUCGAUGCAGUGGGACCCUGCGCUUGACGAGAUGCUGAAGGAGAAGCAAGCGGCUGAAGCAGCCAGAGAUCUAAAGACACGCUUCCGAGCGAGGACAGAUAAGCUACGCUCCAAACCCACACCUGCGACUUCUUCCCAUAAUGCGCGACGAAAGCAGGGUGCAAAUGACCUGGUUGAAGCACCGCCCUUGCCUACGGAUGACGCACCACCGAAGGGCCCCAAGGCCGAAAUGGAAGAUUUCCUAGACGACCUGUUGGGCUGAAGGGGCCAAUACGAGCAUCAUCUCAUUUGGAUCCCUCUAUUUCGUCCGCGGACUGCAUCGCGUACCUGAGUUUUCCAGAUCACAUCUUCACUUCGUGCUGUACCGAGCGCGGCGGGCGGUUAUGUAUGCUUUUUUUGCGCCUGCGCUGUGGUCACUACUCUGACCAAAUGAUGCUGAUCUUGUUGUCUGUGUUUAUAAAUGUAUCCAGAUUCGUGGCUGUACAAUAUGCAGUCAUUUACUCAGAAAAAUAAUGACACAUGGCG